AUGUCUGAGAACAUUUUUAAGUUAUCGCAACUCAAUUCAGUUUUCAAAUCUAAGAAGGAAUCUAAAGUAGAUGAAAACAGAAAAAUACCUCCUGAAUCCCUUAUCUAAUAUUCUAAUUAAUAAGAAGCUUCUCUAUAACAGAUUAGAAAGAAGUAAUCUCUGCCUGUACCUGCUUUAGAAUCAAAACCUACUAUUGAUGUAACUACAUUCAUUAUAUAAUAGGAACUCUUAAACUCCUUAAUUAGACCAAGAGAUUGGGAAAUUGAUGGAAGAAGAUUAAUGUAAACAGUUUCAGUUGUUCCUCCUUCAAGAGAUGACAUCACUAAUUUAUAAAAACUGUUAGAUGAAAGACUUGUAUCUAGAUAAGCUAGAGAAUAUCCUCUAUGUCCAAUUAGAGAAGAAUUAUUUGGUUAAUGUUUUGAUGAGAUAAUUAGAUAAGUCACAAUUGAUUGUUAAGAAAGAGGUAGUAUAUCUUUAUAAAUAUUCUUUAAGGAGUUAUUUUGGCAAGAGUUAGAGAUGAUCUUAAUAAAACUAUUGCUGCAUAUAAAACAUUAUAUGAGGGAUCAAUGCCUUUUAGUCUUCAAAAAUAAUUGAAUGCAGAAGAGGGAUUAAAUAAAUUAGAAUAAUAAAUCAUUAAAUUAAAUGAAAAGAAAUAACAAUUAGAAUUAAGAGUAAUUCAAUUUUACUAUCUUAUUAGAAAUAAUUCUUGACUAAUAAAAAAGAAUCCCUUGAAAGAUCUAUCAAAGAAAAAAAAGAUUCUAAUGAACAAAGAAGAAAAACAGAAAUUGAAUUUUUGAAAUUUCAAAAUUCUCAUCUAGAAUCAUAUUAAAAAUAAGUUAAUCCAAAUAAGAAUUAAUGA